AUGGCCCUUUAUGGUUCAUUGCAGUUGUCCCAUGGCCUGGGUCUUUGCAGAAACCAAUGGUGCUAUAAGCCAGAAGAUAGUUCCAUGAGAAGGAGGCUACAUGUAUCAAAGGGUCCUCUCUCAUUAGGUGUUCCGUUGGGGCAGCGUGAUUUCAGGAAUCCUUUACUCUCAGAUUACCUUCGUCGGCCUAUUUGUUCAGUACCAUGCAGAACCAACGGUUUUAGGUGUCAUUCUUUUUCUGCAGCAGGCAAUGCCAUUGAACCUGCUAUUAAAGCUGCCACUGUGGUGCUAAAAAAGUCACUGGGGUUAAUAAAACAAUUCCCUCUUGUAUAUAAGUUGGUUCCAGCUGUUGCUCUUCUUAUUUUCUCCCUGUGGGGUUUAGUGCCUAUUGUUCGCCAAGGAAGAAAUCUGUUACUCAAUAAGAAUGAUAACGGAUGGAAAAAGAGUGGUACGUACCAUGUUAUGACUUCGUAUGUUCAACCCCUACUGUUGUGGUUAGGAGCUCUAUUCAUCUGCAGGGCAUUAGAUCCUGUUGUUGUUCCUACCGAAGCUAGCAAAAUUGUAAAAGAUCGGCUUUUGAAUUUUGUGAGGUCAUUGUCAACAGUACUUGCAUUUGCCUAUUGCAUAUCAAGUCUUAUCCAACAAACACAGAAGCUCUUCUCUGAGACAAGUGACCCAAACGAUACAAGAAAUAUGGGAUUUCAAUUUGCUGGGAAAGCAGUGUAUUCUGCUGUAUGGGUUGCUGCUGUUUCACUUUUCAUGGAGUUGCUGGGUUUCUCUACACAAAAGUGGCUCACUGCUGGAGGUCUUGGGACGGUUUUGAUUACUCUUGCUGGGCGAGAGAUUUUGACAAAUUUUCUAUCAAGUGUUAUGAUUCACGCAACCCGGCCAUUUGUUCUGAAUGAGUGGAUUCAAACAAAGAUUGAAGGUUAUGAAGUUUCUGGUACUGUAGAGCAUGUUGGUUGGUGGUCACCGACGAUCAUAAGAGGUGAAGACCGUGAGGCAAUCCACAUCCCAAACCAUAAGUUCACAGUCAAUGUCAAUAUUGUAGCUGACAUGCGGAAAGUAUUGGCCAAGAAUCCUCAAGUUGAGCAACAGAAGUUACAUAGAAGGAUAUUCUUGGAGAAUGUCAAUCCAGAAAAUCAAGCCCUUGUGAUCCUAAUCUCUUGUUUUGUGAAGACGUCCCAUUUUGAAGAAUACUUAUGUGUGAAGGAAGCUAUAUUGUUGGACCUUCUUAGAGUCAUAAGCCAUCACCGAGCACGCCUAGCUACACCAAUUCGUACAAUCCGAAAGAUGUACACAGACGCCGACAUGGAAAACGCACCAUUUGGAGAAUCAAUGUACGGCCCUGGAGGUGUUGCUUCUCGGCGUCCUUUGAUGCUAAUCGAACCUUCUUACAAAAUCAAUGGAGAAGAAAAAUUGAAAUCUCAGAACCGUGCAUCGAAAACAACUGCAGAGCAAGAGAACAAGGGUUCGAGUCCAAAGUCGAAAGAAACGUCAUCUCCAGACCCAAAGGCGAACGUGAAGGUUGGAGAGUCACCGGUUCCUGAUACAAACAAGGUACCUGACGAAACAGGAGUAAAGACAGGAACCAAACCGGUCUCCAAACCGGUUACCACUGCAAAAGAAACAACAGAAGCACCAGGAGCCGAGAAACCAAAGGCCAAGAGAAGUGGUACCACAGUCAAGUCUCCAAAGGUCGAUACGCAGAACGAAACAGAAGGUUCGACGUCAUCAGUGUCUAGAUCAGCUUUGGAAGAGAAUAUAGUACUGGGUGUUGCACUAGAGGGCUCAAAGAGAACGCUUCCGAUUGAGGAAGAGAUGCAUUCUUCUCCCGCGGAAACAGAUGCUAAAGAACUCACUGGUGCUCGAAGAUCGGGAAAUGGCCCAUUGGUGGCUGAUAAGGAGCAGAAAGAUGGUCAACAGUCUCAAGCAAGCUCAGGUGGUUCUUCAAGUGAACAGGCCCAGGUUUUGUACUUUGCGGUGAAGACUUUGAAGGAAACGGGACAUGAAAAUGUGUAUGACGCCAUCGAGAAGCCUCUCCAGCUUGCUCAGACUGCCGCUGUUCUCGAGAUUCUUCACGGAUUAGUAGGUUUGGUCAGAUCUCCUGUUUCUGCAACUCUGCCACAGAUAGGUUCAAGGCUGUUUCUCACUUGGGGAAUCCUAUUCAGUUUUCCAGAGGUCCGAUCUCAUUUUCUUGUUACCUCGCUGGUCAUAAGCUGGUCUAUCACCGAGAUUAUCCGCUACUCCUUCUUUGGUCUUAAGGAAGCCCUAGGCUUUGCACCUUCAUGGCACUUGUGGCUCAGGUACAGCAGCUUUUUAUUGCUAUACCCUACCGGUAUCACCAGUGAAGUUGGUCUUAUCUACCUUGCCUUACCACACAUCAAGACAUCAGAGAUGUACAGUGUUAGGAUGCCGAACAUACUGAACUUCUCAUUCGACUACUUCUAUGCAACGAUACUCGUCCUUGCAAUCUAUGUCCCAGGCACAAACUCAGUUUGA